UAAAGAUUUUUAGUUGUCUUCCAAACCUGCGGACUCCAUGGCGCUAACACUUGAUUGGUUAUGGAGAUGCUUUGGAUUUUCUUCUAAUUCAAGAACAAAUCAACAGAAUUUAUCGAAUAAUUCUGUUGUUCUCAAUACAACAACAAUGGGAACGGGUACGGUGAUUGUUAAAAACGGUAAAAGGAUAUGCGGUACCGGUGGGGCUCUCGCUACAGCUCCUAUUGCCCAAGACAAAGGCUACUUUGAAGCGAAGGUACAAAGCUCUGGAAUAUGGGGAAUCGGACUUGCACUCGCCAACGCAAAUUUAAAUCACGUUCCAUUAGGAAUGUGUGAAAAAACAUGGGUAUUUCGACAUGACGGCACGGUGUGGCACAAAAAUAAUGAAAUAUGCAAGACAAAAAAUUUACCAGCUGAGGGUGACGUUGUUGGUGUUACAUUUGACCAUAUAGAACUAAAAUUUUACCUUAAUGGCAAGCCAUAUCCUUUUGUAGUCAGCGGUGUAAAAGGGAAUGUAUAUCCUGUAUUAUAUGUCGAUGAAAGUGCAAUACUCGAUGUCCAAUUUUCAAAUUUCUACUUUCCGCCACCUAGUGGUUUUAGUGAAAUCAUGAUUGAGCAACAAAUUUUUUGAUGAGUCAUGUUUUUGUAGGUUCAUGAAUCAUGAUGGAUUAUAAUUUUUAUUGUUUUAAAUUUUUCUCUCUUUGAUUUCAAAAAUUCAUUUUUUAAUGUUAGUAGGCCUAUUACACCGAUGAAUAGCCAAUCGUUCAAAAAUUUUAACGAAGAUCAAAUAAAGUAUAAUUCGAUUUAAUAAUGCAGUACACAUGACAUGCAGUGAUAUCCAUAACAUAUUCUUUAUUAAAGAAUAUGUUAUAGAUUGUAAUUACAUUUUGAGAAAUAUCUAAACCAUAGGGACAUUGCAAUUGACCAUUUAUAUUAGUAUAUAGAAUGAUGGGUACUCCCGUAGUGUAUGUACCAGGUUAGGUCAUAAUUUUAUUCCGAUUUUCCUUAUUUUAAUUCUAUUACGAGUUCAGGGUUCAGUCUCUGUUAGCCAAUUGAAUAUACCCCCUAAUGCCCAUAGGUUUCAGUCCCUUUACACAACUUGAUAUAAAGUGGGCGAAAAAAAUUAGUUGGUAUACAUAUUAUAUUGUUACAUACACAUCUGGAGCGCCGAACUAUGUAUGCAAAAUAACUCUUCAUUAAAUGGAUGAUGCUCUUGUACAUAUAUUAUAUUUGAAUUUUAAAGAUUUAGAGAUACAGUUUCCAGAAUUUGAGAAUAUUUAUUUUUUUUUUUUUAAGAAAUUUUGUCAUACUUGAAACUGGAUUUAUUGUAAAAUUUAGCAUUUAUCUUAAUUUUGCUACUUAUGCUAUAAUAAUCAAAUUUGAAUUGAAUUAUGGGAAAUAUUUCAUAUUAGUAGGUAUUCCCAUAUGCCAAGUAUUAUUCUAUACUGUGUUUCUUCUUGUGAGUAAACACAAUGCUGAGGGCAUGUAUAUUUUGGGCAAUUAAAUUAGGAGCAUUGUCGAAAUAUCGAAAUAUGUACCAGUGUACAGGGUGUCUUUAAGUUUUUCAAAUUGCAAAGAAAAGUUAUCGUCUUUAGAAAUAUAUUGUUUUUUGGCCCCUGAACUAAACUUAACAAAUACUGAUCAAAAUAAAACAAACUUGGUUAAGAUAUGUUGGGAAAAGACUACAUAACAAACUAAUAAUAGGAUUUUAGGAACACUCUUUAUUUUACUUCUUUUGCCAAAUGCUGUCUUGAUCUUCUGAUAUGUGUUUAAUGUUUCAAUGCAAAGAGAAAAAUAAUUUGCCUGUAAUAUAUUUCCUACAUGCAGUAUUUGACCUAGUAUAAUUACACAUUAUGUCCUAUGUUCUAAUUUUAUUAUAUAUUUUGUUUCCUCAAUUUUUUGCCUAUCGUAGAAUUCCAUUUUUAAUGUUGCAUGCAUGUAUCACUUAAUAGAAUAAAUUGACCACAAAUUGACAUUUAUCGAAAAAGAUUGUAGAAUUUAAUAUAAAAAAUAAUCCUUCGUAUAUUCAAUCUUUUUCGUUGAAUGCCUGACGAAUAUUUUUAUCAGUUGUAUAGUAAAAAUUAGGAAUUUUUGAAUUUGAAAAUAGUAUGGAUCUCCUUGCUACCAAGAGCAAAAAGCAGUUUUCAAUUCUAAAAUUUCAUCUUGUUUUUCCUUAUUGCAAUGUAACUAGCGCAAGUUCAUAAUUUUUGUAGAUUUUUCUCGCCGCAAGAAUCAAUACUCCUGUCCAUUUUGGGAGAUUUUUGGCAAUCAUGUUCAGAUUACGCAGUAUAUUGAAUAAUGCAUGUCAACACCGGAAAAUGAAAAAUGUUUUUUUCUAACGCAUAUUUCUAAAACUUUAUCAAUAUUAUUAAUUAAUAUUAG